CGAUUAGCUGCCUGCGUACCUACAUAUACAUAAUUUACACAUACAUGAGGUAGCCACGGCCUCGACCUAUGGAAUACCUAACUGCAGGCGCCUUUACUUUUAUGACGUUAGGUAACUGGCUUGAGGAAGUACCAAACUGAUACUGAACUUUUGCCUACCUCAUCCUCGAUUCCUCAUCCUCAUCCUCAUCCUUAUCCAUACUACAAUACUCUACCUUACCAUCCUUACUACAUACUAGUAACUACAUACACGUAUUUCCAGAAUCCCCGAAUAUUUGUACCUGGCGUUACUUAGACGUAGUUGGUUUCUUUGAUAUUGAAUCUCAGCCAACAAUAUUAUUGCUACCUACCCACCUAAGAGAAGAAGGGGAGACAGGCAACCAUGGCGAAUCCGAUAACACCAGUUACCAUCCAAGGGCGGUACUUUUGGAAAGGUAACAUGCGGUUCAUUAUAAGCGGCGUCGUAUACAGGAGCUAUGGGCUCAGCGCGGAUAUGCUGGCCGACGACCGCAUAGAGGACCUUGAACAUGCUAUUCCACUAUUAAGGGAACUCGGUAUUAACACGUUACUCAUUAGUUAUAUCGAUGUAACCAAAAGCCAUAAAGCUUGCAUGAACUUAUUAGCUGAGCAUGAGAUAUAUGUCCUGGUUUCUAUCAAAUCAGUUUUCCCCGUCUUUAAUCAUAAUGCGACCAUGAUGUCGUACACAUCAAAGUCCAUGCAACGCUUCUUCCGGGCCGUUGAACAUCUAGCGAGCUACCCAAACCUACUGGGGUUCACCAUCCCCAACAGCUCGAUUAAAGAUCUAGCACCAGCAAUUGCUGGCCCUAUGGUCCGCGCCAUAGUGCGUGAUAUUAGGCGGUAUCUUGGCCUUCUCGCCGUCAAGAAACAUCAAAGGGUCGUUCCAGUCGGCCUAGUCGCGUUAGACAUAGGCCUCCCGCUAAGAGAUCAAUUCGAGUACUGGUGUUCGGGAGAUGACAACGAAACAGUUGAUUUCUUCAUCUUUGACUUCAACCACCCUGGUCCCAAAAAGACGACGCAGGCAUCGAGAGAUCCAGGGGCACUCGAGAUAUUCUUUAACACCCAUAUACCAGUAUCAAUCCUAUAUAGCGAUAUGCAUUUUAUGCCGCGUCAGUUCCCCGAGACCCGCACGAUUUACUUGGACCCGGACAUGAGACGCGUAUUCUCGGGUGGUAUCGUGUUCCAGUUCUUCGACGGAUCACACAACAACGGCCUCGUGCGGCGGCUGACUGAAGCAAAGGACGGCGGACUAUAUUACGAAAAGUCGAUAGAUUACCGGAACCUGCGCGAUAUCUUGCACGUGGCUUUUGUACCGAUGCCAGCUUCAUUAAUAGCUCGCUCCCGGUUCGUUGAAGAGGCUGCCAUGUCGGGAACGAAGCCUAAACAGCCUGACCCCAAUCAGAAUGUGCUAGCAAUAGGGCAGGUGCCUGCUAGCCCGGUGAACUGGACAGAGGUCGAGGCACAGAUUAUUGACGACAGCGAGUGGGUCGACGCGGGUAAAGAGUGGCUGGACCUAACUGUUGAAGAUCUCACAGCCUCGAUAUGGGAUAAGUUAAAUAUCGAUUAAGCAUAUCCCUAGAUAAACGAUUACGCUCUGAAGAUUGAGUUAGGGACGUUCUGGAGUAUAGCGUUUUAUCAGCGCUGGUUUUAUGUAAAGUAGUAUAUCUUAACUGUAGCGUUUUGAAGAUAGCAAAUCUAAAUCA